AUUGAAUAACCCUUGUAGUACGCGCAAAAAAUCUUCAACACAUUUUUUACCACCACCACCACAACCACGACCACCACCACCACCGUCGCAUAAGGUCCUGUGACCAUACGUGUCCGACCCUACGGCGUAUCGGGAAGACUUUAUUCCCCUUGUCGGGCGGCCAAACAUGACUCCGGAGUACGGGUUACAGCCCUUUCACUUGUAGUUAGAGUAGAUGGGCAGCCAUCGGGUGCGCGUUGUAGAUAAUGUCGUGGGGAAAGCCGUACCGUAGAACAACCCAUAUCCCCGUGGAUACCGCAUGUCUGGCGUUGUGUCGAUGUAUAGCGAGAAAGCAUCCUGAUCGAUGGAGGGAGAAACCUCCCCUGCCCGCAUGAAGGGAAAACGCGUCGGAUAAUCGCGGGGGGGGCAUCCUUCGCACUCCUCCAAACAGUUCCCACAAUCACAAUCACUUAUCCCCAAAAUGACCCUGCAAACGCACCUCCUCCUAUCCCGCACAGCCUGCAGAGCCCGCCCACGCUCCUGUCGCUCCCUCUCCUCUCUGCCAUCCCUAUCAAUAUCAACCCAUCCUCGCCUCCGCCCAACCAUCCUCCGCACCCCCCUAGACAGUUCCCCUCUGGGAAUACAUCGGAGACAGCAUGGAACGCAUAGCCAUCACCAUGGCGUGCGGAUGGAGACGCGGGAAGGCACGAGGGUGACGAUAGCGGGGAUAGGAGUCAAUGUCGGGUUGACGAUCGCGAAGGGGGUUGGCGGGGUGGCGUGGCAGUCUGCGUCGCUUAUCGCAGAAGCCGUGCACUCGUUGAGUGAUCUGCUCAGUGAUUUCGUAACCCUCUUCACCUACGGCAAAGCGCGCGCACCACCAUCACAAAGGUUUCCAUACGGGUUCGGCAAACUGGAGCCUGUCGGGGGGCUGGUGGUAUCGGCGUUACUGGUAGCCGCCGGCGCCGGGAUCGCCGUGCAUUCCUACGAAGUGCUUCUUCCCUUCAUCAUCUCCCCAACCUCCACCCCGACCCCAACACCACCCCAUCAUCUCCCCACCGCAGCCCUCCAAAUAAUGCUCCUCUCCGUCCUCUCCAAAGAAGCCAUGUUCCGUUGGACGCGUUCCGUCGCCACACGAACGCACAGUUCGGUGUUGUUGGCCAAUGCGUGGCAUCAUCGUGUGGAUGCGUUGAGUAGUCUUGUGGCGUUGGGGGGCGUGGCGGGGGGUGUGAUGGGGGUUGGGUGGGCGGAUGCUGUGGGGGGUGUUGUUGUUUCUGGUAUGAUUGUGAAGGCGGGGGUGCAGGCUGGGUGGCCUUCUUUGUUGGAGUUGUUGGAUGCUGCCGCCCCACCGGAACUCUACACCCAAAUCAACACCGCUCUCGAGUCCUUCCGCGCCCAUCAGGGCCACAUUACGGCCGUCCGCAAUCUACGCGUGCGCAAGACGGGACCGUUCAGUUAUGCGGAUAUGCAAAUCAUCCUAACCCCGUCAACAUCGGUCUCGGAGGCUAGUCAGAUCGCGAAUGACCUGCGUGAGAAUCUGAUGCAUGCCGUCGACGGCCUGCAGGAGGUGCUUAUCGAGAUUCGGUGCGAUGACGGGAGUGGGCCAGGGACCAGUACUAUGACUACGGCACAUGCGAAAGAGUAUGAUGGGGACGGGCAUGGACACUAGAAGAUCACGUCGUUGAUGCGGUCGG